UCUUCUUUUUAACUGCUCCAUUCUUCAUUUUUCUUGCUUCUUCUUGAAGUUUUCUGCUAGUUUUCACUGUUUUCAAGAACCAAAGCAGUACGUAGUUUGCUAGUACUGGUGUAGUGAACACUACUUUCUUCAGAAAAAUAUGUAUGCAGGAGAAAGUUUGUCUUUUGAUCCUACUUCUCAGCAGAAUGAAGUGUUAGAUGAAAAGGGUUUGCUUCAAAACCAUAUCCCAACAACUUGUGUUACCAACUUUUCCAUGGGAGAGGAACUGCAGCAGAAGUUUCAUUCUAGUGAAAACAAUAACAUGAAUAUGCAAGAAUUUGGUCAUCAUGAUGAGCAUACUAACACAGUGUUGCCUUGUGUAAAUCCAAAUUGGGAAGAAAUUGGUUUUAAUCCUUACAACAAUCAACUACUUAGUUACCCCAUUUCUUCAUCAUUAGGCCAUUUAGGGGGUUUUCAUCAAAGAACUGAAAUACCCUCAACUUCAACUAAUCUUUUUUAUGAGCCCCCACAGUUGAAUAUGCCUAUAAAUCUUUGUACUCAACAACCUAGUUUGUUCAAAGACUUGUUUCAUCUUUCUCCACAUGGAUCCUCUUACGGCUUAGAUAGCUCGGGUAUGGGUUCUUUGUUUAGCCAUGGUCAUCAUGAGGAAGAAGUUACAGGUGCUUUGUACCAUGAUGGGAGUUUUCAUCAUGUGUUCAGUACUGGAGAUAUGAUCAAAUCUGCAGCUAUCAAAAAGAGAGAAGGUAAUGAUAUGAAGCAUCAUGCCUCUGAGAAACUAAGGAGAAUUCAUUUUAGUGAUAAGUUCCAAGCAUUGAGGACUUUGAUCCCAAAUCCCUCAAAGAAUGAUAGAGCAACGAUAAUCGUGGAUGCAAUAGGCUACAUUAAUGAGCUGAAGAUGAGAGUAAAUGACCUAAGGAAUGAAAUAGAUUUGAAGAAAGAGAUGAUGAGGAUGAAAAGGCAAAGAAUAGUAGAAGAAGACGGUGCAAUGAUCAUGGAAGCUGAUGAAGAUCAAGUAGUAAUGAACAAAUCUAUCAUGAGUAACUGGCAUCAUCAAAGGAAAUGUACCAAGAAUAGUAGUACUGAGGUUGAUGUGAGAGUUAUGGAAGAUGAAGUGAGUAUUAAACUUGUCCAACAAAAGGAGAUGAUGAUCAAGAAGAGAAUGAAUUGUCUUGUGUUUGUAUCAAAAGCACUUGAUGAACUUCGGCUGGAUCUUCAACAUGUUGCUGGAGGAUUGAUUGGUGAUCACUAUAGCUACCUCUUCAACUCCAAGAUUUGUGAAGGUUGUACAGUGUAUGCAAGUGCAAUAGCUAACAAGGUUAUUGAAGUUUUGGACAAGGAACAUGCAACCAUUAAUUAGUUAAUUAGUUGGAGCUAGG